UAUGCUUUCAAAUACAAGCACUUUGAAACUUCAAACAUCUAUAUUGCCUAGUUUCACAAUUUGUCGAAUCAUCUAACAUCAGUUUACAUUCUCUUCUCGUAUCUUAAGUGCCUUGAAAAAAACUCUCAACAUGUCCGAACAAACCACAGAAAUCGCCUACAUUCCUCUCGCCUCUGGUCUCGACCUUUCCAGCGGUGAUACCCAGAAAAUGUUGGAAGAAACUCUAGGGACAAUUAAAUCGCAACCAGGCUGCAAAUCACUGUUCUGGGGUCGACAAAUUGAGCACCCAGAUGUUAUGCAAAUGGUCAUUGAUUGGGAGAGUAUCGAAUCGCACAAAGACUUCAUGAACUCUCCCUCCUAUGGACCCUUUAUCGAACGCCUCAAACCGCUUCUAGCGGGUCCUCCACAUCUCCUACACGUCAAACUCCCCUCGCAAUCCCCCUUUUCGCACCCUGGAGCGGCUCCCAUCACAGAAUGUAUCUCGAUGUAUUUUGAACCGUCAUACUCCACCGCUAGCUACGACCCCAAUUGGGCCAAGUUCAAAGAGGGUGUGGAACAGAUGGCGAAGGAAGCGCAAGGCCUUACAGGUGGAUGGGGCGUCGAGGAUGUGAAGCAUACGGUGUUCGGGAAGGAGGGAGAGGAGGGAGAGGGAAAACUAUUUUGGGCGGUAAUUGGGUGGCCGAGUGUGGAUGCGCAUAUGAAAUUUAGGGAGACAGAGGAGUUUAAAAAGGUUAUUCCGUAUUUGAGGGAGGGGCCAAAGGCGCUGGAGGUGCAUCAUGUUGCUUUUCAGAAGUUUUAGGGGAGUCUGAAGAGCGUCGGGACAUUACAGAGGCCCAGGGGAGGAGAAGAGAGAUAACAACAGCUGUUGAGUGAACUACUUGC